AUGAAUACGAUUUCCAUGCCUCCACUUCUGCCUCAUCCAACAUUCACACUUUAUCAACAUGAACCAAUCUACGAUCCUGAUAUUCAUUUAUCAUUGACUGAACCAGAUUAUGUUGUAUUACUCGACAAAUUUCAACGUGUUUCCAAAACACCAAAAGUUGAUCGAUCCGUAACAUCGAAUGUUGAUGGUCAACUUGCAUACACUAGUCCAUUUCAAGUAUUAAGUGAUAAAGGUUAUCGAGUAUUGCUUAUGAUCAUUGAUCGUGACCAAGCUUAUCAAAAGAAUGACGAUAUUGCAACUGUCCACAUUCGUGAUUGUGGAUAUCGAAGUAAAUGGAUUCAAGAUUUCAAUCGAUGUCCACGUGUUCUUAACCAUUUAUCGAAAAUAACUGGUGAUGUACAACUUCUUCCAGUAGCCUAUCAAAUAUUCUAUAGUCAAGUAAAUAUUGGAUUUCCUAAUGGACUAAAUGUUACUCAAUACCAUUGCGAUAGUGUACCGUAUGUUCUCCUUUUACGCGCAUCCGACAUGAACAAAACAAUAGGUGGUGAUUUAGAGAUGAUCGAACGUGAAUCUAAAGAAGCAUUUCAUCUCAUUGAGCAACAUAAAGGUGAAGUGCCAGAUGAGUAUACUCGAAAGAUCGAAUAUGGUGAUAUCAAUUCAUGUAUACUUAUGCAAGGUAGUCGUAUUGCACAUCGAGUCACACCUAUUGAUUCUUGUUCGGAACCUCGAAUUACUGUAGUCAAUUCAUACAUGACAAACAAUCCAUAUGCCUUUGAUUAUGCACGAUAUAGUUUUUACAAGAAGGAAUCGACAGCUGCGUUAGAAUAUGCAAUGCAUAAGGUAUGGCGUGCCAAUGGGCAAAUGCUUGAACUCGCCACUGGUGAUCAUCCAUAUCCGACAAAUGAUGAAAUCAUUGAACAUCUUACAAUGGCUAUCGAUGAACUUACUCAAGCUCGACAUCUUAUCUCUGACUCAAAGUCGGAUCAAAUCGGCUAUUUUGAUCAAAAGAAUCAAGAAUUACACAAUGAUCGUUCCGUCGAUACUACAAUGAUGUGA